UCUCCGCGCACUAGCUGCGCCCCGCGCACGGCCCCUGAAUGGGGGCCCCGGCACUCGCAAAUCUCUCGGUCUGCUAAUCACUUUCUCUUCUACCUUUCUGAAGAAGCAGUAUGAGGUUACGUCAGACCACCAAAAGUGCAGGCCAAGCAAAUGAGCGGCUGAGGAGCUAUUUGUAGGCAUUGCUGCUGAAGCCGGGUAAGGCUGCUCACCCUCAUGCGAUCAAUGCUUUAAACUCGCUAUAACACUAGAAGCAGCAUGCACCGCAUUUCUUUAUUUCGUUGGGAAUGAAUGCACUUGGAGAAAUGGGACAUUGCGCAUCCAUCCAGUGCGCGUAAAAGCGCAAUUAAUUGGAAUUCAACAUUUAAAUCUAAAAAAUUGAAACUUAAAAGGAACUCGGCACACGAUGACGAUUCUGCAUAUUUCAGCAGGCAGAUUGUUGCGUUAUAUCAUACGUUUCUAUUAAAUCUCUCUUGCUUUGAAUUCAUCAUGCCUCACGCGCGCAACAGGAACCCGAGUCCAAUCCCUGAGGUGACAUGGGACACUGGACUGAAAGAGAUGAACGAGACCUGGAAGGGGGCUAUUGCUUGCUUGGGGGUUGCCAUCUUUUUUGUCAUGACAAUUGGGAUCAUUUAUUGGCAAGUUGUGGAUCAGCCCAACAAGAACUGGAUUCUGAAGGGGACUUUCAGCGGGCUUAUAUGGGAGAGGCGGACGCAAACCCUGGUCAUCCAGACACUGAGCGAGGACAAAACUUUCGCUGAGAUUGACGUCGGGAACGUGGGGAACCCCGACAUUGAGGUUCCCUUCGUAAGGAACUUGUGCUGGCUUAACAAAACCGAGUUCUGCUAUACAUGGGACUCGGUUGCAGAGGUGAAAAUAUCUUUGGAAACAGAAGAGGCAUCGGAAACUGAAUGCUACACCGUAACAUGGUCUCCAAUUCACUGUCAUGUGGACCUGAAGGACUGUUUCUCCAUGGCGAACGUUUCGUGGUACGGAGGCGCCAGCGUCCACGCGCCCAGCUGGCCAAUAAACGACGCAAACAUUUCCAUGCAAUCCUUCAGAGUCAGCGACCUGAGGGACAACCCCUCUGGCUUCGGAUCAGUUUUAGAGCGUUACUUCCUGGGAUCCUCAGGUGUGUCUGUUCUAGUGGCUCCGAACAUCCCUCUACAUGUGGGCAUGGAAAGCAGACAGCAGUUCUGUUUGCAAACCCCCGCGAGUAUGGACCGAACGCCCCUGCAGUACACCGUGUGCGUCGGACACAACGUUAAAGCCGUCCACCAAGAGUCAAUGCGGCAGCUCUCCACAGCCACUCGACAAAUGCCGAACAUGGAUGUCUUAAGGUUGCCCUUCUGGAAGCUUCUAGAAAAUGUGGACUCUGGGGCCAAGCUCGAGAAAGAGCUGAGACUCUUCUCAAACCGUCUGAAGAGGCAUCGCCUCAGUGAGGGAGUUAUCAGACUCGAUGAACAUUCCACUGCUCUCCUCUCCAACAUGGACCACAGCUACCUCAAUAGCAAGAAAAGGACGUCUGAGAGACAUACCAGGGACAUCCCUUUUGUAAAGCUUCUGAACAUUUCCAUAACCCUCUCCCCAUACCUGAGCGUAGACUCCCAGCAGUUCCAAACAUCCAUUCAAGAAGGUAUUGAAGAUUACUGGCUGAGCCUGCCGUCGGGUCCACAGGGUCGACUGGUGCCUCUGUUGACCCAGUGGAAAGGAAAAUACAGUGUGAAGCUCAACAUCACCAACCCAAAAGCCACUCAUUGGUUUCUGGACAAUGUAGACAUCUUGCAUAGCCAUUUGGGUAUGGAGUACGUCAUACUGGAAGGCGGCGAGGGAAACCCUUUUGAGGAACAGGCACUACGCUCCCCUCUGGCGCUGGUCGGAGACGAGUACAUUGGGCUCCUUGCUCAACUGGCAGAAAGGAUAGGGGACAAUACUAUUGUGACCUCAGGAACAAGGUCCAGCCACAAGCCGCUGUUCAUCCAUAUGAGUGCACUGCAGUCCGACUGGAGUUACUCGGGCCUCAAGGGCAUCAUUCCAUCCCUACUGCAUCACAGUCUUUUGGGAUAUAAUUUCUUCAUUCCUGAUGCAGUAGGAGGAUCACUCUCUGUCGAAGCGGUUGAAGACGAAGAGCUUUUUGUCCGCUGGCUGGGGAUUGUGGCUUUCCUUCCUGUCAUCAGCUUCCAGACACCUCCAUGGGCCUUUGAGAAGGAAUGGGUCCUAAACAUCACCAGACUCUACAUUUCCAAGCACCAUGACUUUGUAGUUCCUCUGAUACUGAAAUAUGCAGACGAAUGGCAAACUAAUGGAACCCCCAUCUACAGACCACUAUGGUGGAUUAACCCAGACGACCCAAUUACAUUCACCAUUGAUGAUGAGUUCCUUAUAGGAGAUGAGGUUCUUGUUGCACCGGUGACUGAAAAAACAGCUUUACGAAGAGAUAUUUACCUGCCCGUAAGUGAUUUUCAGUGGCAGGACACAAAAAAUGCUCAAGUGUUUGACGGAGGGACGUUUCUGGAAAGUUACCCAGUUGGCCUCGGGGACGUGCCGGUUUUCGUACGACGGAGAUCCUGAGGAUUAAUUAUCACAUUUUCGUACCAUUUCACUUCUGCAAUUGCACUUUCCACAAAGACCAUUAUCUGUGUCUCAAGGUGAAUUGAGAGUAGAUAGAAGAUGAUUUUACAUUUGCACUUUAAAAAUCAAAGUGAUUUAUAUUUUCUCACGAUUUUUACAUCUCUCCUGUUUUUCUCUCCAGUUUUGUUUUGUUAAUCAUGAGCUUCUUGGCUUUAUCCUUGGAACGCUGUGGUUUACACUUGAUCAAUUCUUACGGCCUCCCACACUUUCACGGUUUCCAACUCUCAUGACCUGGAGCUGGAACUCGAACACUUUUUUUCUUAAUGCAAUCAGUGGAAUUUUAUGAUGAAGACGACCAAACAAUCGGAAAAAAUGCUAAAUCGUAUCAGCAAAUAUAGACAGCAAGGAAAAACCGUUGCGCUACAGUUGAAUCAAGAGACAAAAAACUCAACUCGGACGGGUUUUUACUUGAACUUUAAUGAACAUUUGGUAUAGCUUUGUAAUGUUUUAAUUGUACCUCAACUUUUCAUGGUGUUUUUUAUGUAUAAAAUGAGUGAAAUUACAAGAAGCACUUACUGAUGGAAACUGAAAUGAAGGGUUUUUAGCAAAUACAGCACAAUCAUUUUUGGCAAUGAAAAAGUUGAGCCAUUUGCAAACAAAUCAUAUCUGUACAGUCUUAGCUUUAAUGCCACACACUAAUUUAAAAGAAUUGUUUCAUAAUGAUUUUUUGAUAUUAUGUUGAUUUGUUUAGCUUUCUACAAUUAUCACAUAAUACCAGUAUUUAUAUAUCAUAAGUAGCGAUCAAAUUACAAUGUGUCAAAGUAGAAUUAGCAUUUUGAUUCAGACUAAACGUGAUCAUUCAGACAAUAUGACAACAUUACAUAUACUUUGAAUACUGUGGACAUUUGUAUAUUUUGAGCUCACAUUUUUAUCAAAUUAUAUUGUUGGUAGUUUUUAUUAAGCUGAAUCUUACCAUUACUAAAUCAUUUGGGAUAAUGCUUCCAGAUUUUUUCCCAAAGGAGGACAUCGUAAAACUACGUUGUGUUCUGGUUUAUGCAGCAUUGGAUAACAUUCAAAUGAAUCUUGUAAUGUCGAAUUAUAAUAGUACAAUAGUGCUGCUACUUUCAUUCACUAUUGAAUCUCUUGUGCCUUGACAAGAAACCUCGAAUUGUCAGUCCGUGUGUAAAACACCAAAUCACAAUUGAGACCGCAUGACUCAACAGUGCAGCGAGAGAACUCGAUCGGUAUAACCUGAUACUUGUGGCCUACUGGGAAUGUCCUCUUAAUCCUCACUGUGAUUGUGAAUGUUUACUGUAACUGCAGGUUUCUCAGGUCAAACAUAUCAAAUCUGAAAGAAAAUAUGUCUUACUCCCCAGCACAAUGUCUUAAUCUAUUGGAUUUUGAUGCUCUUUUCAUUUGAGCACUUUUUGGAGACAAUUGGUGAUAGAGUUUUGGAGCAUCGUUUGCUUGUAUUUUAUAUUUAAAAUCAUGCUAUGACGGAUAUGCUGAAAUGUCCCAUGCUGAGCAACUUUACAUCGUUUUUUUACCUUAGACUUCAGGUGUCUCAAGCCAAUCAUCAGUAUGCAUACAUCAGUGCCGUUCAACUUUUUAUCUUCUGUAAAUCUGAAAAAUAGAUAUGUCAAUCUGUAAUAAAGUUUACAUUUUGUUACCGUAGGAAUCCACUGUUUCGACUGUACUUGUAUGUGGAUAAGUCUCGGAAACUUGUCAAGGUUACAUUACACCCAAAAUCAAUAUUAAGAAGAAAUAAUUACAAAAUUUAAAUAUUGACGUAUUGAUUAAGAGAACUUGGUAAAAUGUAAUGUCUUUUUCUUUAAAUUUUGAAGUGGCAUAGGCAUGAGAUGAACACAUGUACUAAUGUGUUAAAUGCAAACAGAUACAUCAGAGACAUUAGAUCCCCGUGGUGUUUGAAGGGAGAUUCUCGGUAAACUAUCUGAUAGCGUGUUGAAAUUUCCAUCCUGUGUUAUUUUAAAAAGACAUUUGUAGAGGUAGGCAGCAUCUAUGGACCAUCCAAUGAUCAUAUGUCUAUACUGCGUGUUAGCUUGUGUCCGCAGAAAUACACUGUAAAAAAUAAUAAUACGCUGGAUUUACUUAAAAAUAUAGUGCAUGAUUUUUGCAUCCACUUUUUUAAGUAAGUUUUGAUUGAAAUUUUAAGUAAUUGCAUAAAUUGCUUACAAUUCCAUGUAAUGCAUACUUUAAAAAAUGGAUGCAAAAAUUAUGCUAUAUUUUUAAGUAAAUCCAGCCUUUGUUUUUUUCUGUGU